GAGAUGAGGAGAUAGGCGGGAGCGAGGGAACGAGGGAGGGAGCGAAGGAGGUAGAGAAGAGCGGAGGACAGGGGAGGGAGCGCAGCUUGGUUGCUCCGUAGUACGGCGGCUCGCGAGGGAGAGCCCCGAGCGGACUCCGGGGCGCACGGAGAGGCGGGCGGGCGGGGAUGUUGUGCGGGGCUGCGGCCCCUGCGUCCCUUCCCGCGGAGAGUGAGCUGCACUGAUUUGUCCCUGGGGCGGCAGCGCGGACCCGCCUGGAGAUGAGGCGUCGAUUAGCAAGGUAAAAGUAACAGAACCAUGGCUCAGUUUCCAGCACCUUUUGGUGGCAGCCUGGAUAUCUGGGCCAUAACUGUAGAGGAAAGAGCGAAGCAUGAUCAACAGUUCCAUAGUUUAAAGCCAAUAUCUGGAUUCAUUACUGGUGAUCAAGCUAGAAACUUUUUUUUUCAAUCCGGGUUACCUCAGCCUGUUUUAGCACAGAUAUGGGCCCUAGCUGACAUGAAUAACGACGGCAGAAUGGAUCAAGUGGAGUUUUCCAUUGCUAUGAAGCUCAUCAAACUGAAGCUCCAAGGGUAUCCGCUCCCAUCCGCGCUCCCCGCUGUCAUGAAGCAGCAGCCCGUAGCCCUUCCCAGCGCACCAGCUUUCGGUAUAGGAGGCAUCGCCAGCAUGCCACCGCUCCCGACUGUUGCUCCAGUGCCAAUGGGAACCAUCCCAGUUGUCGGGAUGUCCCCACCCCUAGUAUCUUCCGUUCCUCCAGCAGCAGUGCCUCCCCUGGCCAACGGGGCCCCCCCUGUUAUACAGCCUCUGACUGCAUUUGCUCAUCCCGCAGCCACAUUGCCAAAGAGUUCUUCUUUUAGUAGGUCUGGUCCAGGGUCACAACUAAACACUAAAUUACAGAAGGCACAAUCAUUUGAUGUGGCUAGUGCCCCUCCGCUGGCAGAAUGGGCUGUCCCCCAGUCGUCCAGGCUGAAGUACAGACAGCUGUUCAAUAGUCACGACAAAACUAUGAGUGGACACUUAACAGGUCCCCAGGCAAGAACUAUUCUUAUGCAAUCAAGUUUACCACAGGCGCAGCUGGCUUCAAUAUGGAAUCUUUCUGACAUUGAUCAAGAUGGAAAGCUCACAGCAGAAGAGUUUAUCCUGGCUAUGCACCUCAUUGACGUAGCUAUGUCUGGCCAGCCGCUGCCACCUGUCCUGCCUCCAGAAUACAUUCCACCUUCCUUUAGGAGAGUCCGAGCCAGCAGCGGCAUGUCCGUCGGAAGCUCAGCUUCGGUAGAUCAGAGGUUGCCAGAGGAACCGGUUUUAGAAGAUGAGCAACUAGAAAAAAAAUUACCUGUGACCUUUGAAGAUAAGAAGCGGGAGAACUUUGAGCGCGGCAACCUGGAGCUGGAGAAACGCAGGCAGGCGCUGCUGGAGCAGCAGCGGAAGGAGCAGGAGCGCCUGGCCCAGCUGGAGCGCCAGGAGCAGGAGCGCAAGGAGCGCGAGCGCCAGGAGCAGGAGCGCAAGCGGCAGCUGGAGCUGGAGAAGCAGCUGGAGAAGCAGCGGGAGCUGGAGCGGCAGCGCGAGGAGGAGCGCAGGAAGGAGAUCGAGCGGCGCGAGGCUGCAAAACGAGAACUUGAAAGGCAACGGCAACUUGAAUGGGAACGAAAUCGAAGACAAGAACUCUUAAACCAAAGAAACAAAGAACAAGAAGACAUAGUUGUACUGAAAGCAAAGAAGAAGACUUUGGAAUUUGAAUUAGAAGCUCUAAAUGAUAAAAAACAUCAACUUGAAGGAAAACUGCAAGAUAUCAGAUGUCGACUGACCACCCAAAGGCAAGAAACUGAGAGCGCAAACAGAUCCCGGGAGCUGAGGAUCGCCGAGAUCACCCACCUGCAGCAGCAGCUACAGGAGUCUCAGCAGAUGCUCGGAAGACUUAUUCCAGAAAAGCAGAUACUCAGCGAUCAGUUAAAACAAGUUCAGCAAAACAGUCUGCACAGAGAUUCUCUUCUUACACUCAAAAGAGCCUUAGAAGCAAAAGAACUAGCUCGCCAGCAGCUCCGAGACCAACUGGAUGAGGUGGAGAAAGAAACUCGAUCAAAACUACAAGAGAUUGAUAUUUUCAAUAACCAACUUAAGGAACUAAGAGAAAUACAUAGUAAGCAGCAGCUCCAGAAACAGAAGUCCAUAGAGGCUGAACGACUGAAACAGAAGGAACAAGAGCGAAGGGUCAUUGAACUAGAAAAACAAAAGGAAGAAACCCAAAGACGAGCUCAGGAGAGGGACAAGCAGUGCUUGGAGCAGGCGCAGCAGGACGAGGAGCAUCAGCGGCCAAGGAAACCCCAUGAGGAGGAGAGACUGAGACGGGCAGAGAGCACCAGAAAGAAGGACGGCGAGGACAGAGGCAAACACGACGUGCAGGACAAGCAGGGCCGGCUUUUCCCGCAAUAUCAAGAACCAGCUAAGUCAGCUGUCCACUCACCCUGGUCCACCGCAGAAAAAGGCCCACUUACAAUUUCUGCCCAGGAGAAUGUGAAAGUGGUAUAUUACCGGGCACUGUAUCCCUUUGAGUCCAGAAGCCAUGAUGAGAUCACCAUCCAGCCGGGAGACAUAGUCAUGGUGGAUGAGAGCCAGACUGGAGAACCGGGAUGGCUUGGAGGAGAACUGAAAGGAAAGACGGGGUGGUUUCCUGCAAACUACGCAGAGAAAAUCCCAGAAAACGAGGUUCCUGCCCCAAUCAAACCAGUGACAGACCCGACCUCCACAUCCGCACCCAAGCUGGCCGUGCGGGAGACGCCCGCUCCUCCGGCAGUGACUGCGGCUGAGCCCUCCCCCACCCCCAACAACUGGGCCGACUUCAGCUCCACGUGGCCCACCAGCACCACUGAGAAGCCGGAGACCGAUAACUGGGACGCCUGGGCAGCCCAGCCCUCUCUCACCGUUCCGAGCGCCGGCCAGCUAAGGCAGAGGUCCGCUUUCACUCCCGCCACGGCCACCGGCUCCUCUCCGUCCCCUGUUUUAGGCCAGGGUGAGAAGGUGGAGGGGCUGCAGGCACAAGCCCUGUACCCCUGGAGAGCCAAGAAAGACAACCAUCUGAACUUUAACAAGAACGAUGUCAUCACCGUCCUGGAACAGCAAGACAUGUGGUGGUUUGGAGAAGUUCAAGGUCAGAAGGGUUGGUUCCCCAAGUCUUACGUGAAACUCAUUUCAGGGCCCAUAAGGAAAUCUACAAGCAUGGAUUCUGGUUCUUCAGAAAGCCCUGCCAGUCUAAAGAGAGUAGCUUCCCCAGCGGCCAAGCCAGCCGUUUCCGGAGAAGAAUUUAUCGCCAUGUACACUUACGAGAGCUCUGAGCAAGGCGAUUUAACCUUUCAGCAAGGGGAUGUGAUUGUGGUUACCAAGAAAGAUGGUGACUGGUGGACAGGAACAGUGGGCGACAAGUCCGGAGUCUUCCCUUCUAACUAUGUGAGGCUUAAAGAUUCAGAGGGCUCUGGAACUGCUGGGAAAACAGGGAGUUUAGGAAAAAAACCUGAAAUCGCCCAGGUUAUUGCCUCCUACACGGCCACCGGUCCAGAGCAGCUUACCCUGGCCCCUGGCCAGCUGAUUUUGAUCCGAAAAAAGAACCCAGGUGGAUGGUGGGAAGGCGAGCUGCAGGCACGUGGGAAAAAGCGCCAGAUAGGCUGGUUCCCUGCGAAUUAUGUAAAACUUUUAAGCCCUGGGACAAGCAAAAUCACUCCAACAGAGCCACCUAAGCCCACGGCAUUCCCGGCAGUGUGCCAGGUGAUCGGGAUGUACGAUUACACCGCCCAGAACGACGACGAGCUGGCCUUCGGCAAGGGCCAGAUCAUCAACGUCCUCAACAAGGAGGACCCCGACUGGUGGAAAGGAGAGGUCAACGGACAAGUGGGGCUCUUUCCAUCCAAUUACGUGAAGCUGACCACAGACACGGACCCCAGCCAGCAAUGGUGCUCGGACCUUCAUCUCCUGGACAUGCUGACCCCCACGGAAAGGAAGCGGCAAGGCUACAUCCACGAGCUCGUUGUCACGGAGGAGAAUUACGUGAACGACCUGCAGCUGGUCACGGAGGUCUUUCAGAAACCCCUGAUGGAGUCUGAGCUGCUGACGGAGAAAGAGGGGGCUAUGAUUUUUGUUAACUGGAAGGAGCUGAUCAUGUGUAACAUCAAGCUGCUGAAAGCGCUGAGAGUCCGCAAGAAGAUGUCCGGGGAGAAGAUGCCGGUGAAGAUGGUUGGGGACAUCCUGACGGCCCAGCUGCCGCACAUGCAGCCCUACAUCCGCUUCUGCAGCUGCCAGCUCAACGGGGCCGCCCUCAUCCAGCAGAAGACAGACGAGGCCCCCGACUUCAAGGACUUCGUCAAAAGAUUGGCGAUGGACCCGCGGUGUAAAGGGAUGCCGCUCUCCAGCUUCAUCCUGAAGCCCAUGCAGCGGGUGACAAGAUACCCUCUGCUCAUCAAAAACAUCCUGGAGAACACUCCGGACAACCACCCCGACCACAGCCACCUGAAGCACGCCCUGGAGAAGGCGGAGGAGCUGUGCUCCCAGGUGAACGAGGGGGUGCGGGAGAAGGAGAACUCCGACCGCCUGGAGUGGAUCCAGGCCCACGUGCAGUGUGAAGGCCUGUCCGAGCAACUUGUGUUCAACUCGGUGACCAACUGCCUGGGGCCGCGCAAGUUCCUGCACAGCGGGAAGCUGUACAAGGCCAAGAGCAACAAGGAGCUGUACGGCUUCCUGCUCAACGACUUCCUGCUGCUCACCCAGGUCCUGAAGCCGCUGGGCUCCUCCGGCUCCGACAAGGUCUUCAGCCCCAAGUCCAACCUGCAGUACAGAAUGUACAAGACGCCUAUUUUCCUAAAUGAGGUUCUAGUAAAAUUACCCACCGACCCAUCUGGGGAUGAACCCAUCUUCCACAUCUCCCACAUCGACCGCGUCUACACCCUCCGAGCAGAAAGCAUAAACGAAAGGACCACCUGGGUGCAGAAGAUCAAAGCCGCUUCCGAGCUCUACAUAGAGACGGAGAAGAAGAAGCGGGAGAAGGCGUACCUGGUCCGUUCCCAAAGGGCGACGGGGAUCGGAAGGCUGAUGGUGAACGUUGUUGAAGGCAUCGAGCUGAAGCCCUGCCGGUCCCACGGGAAGAGCAACCCGUACUGCGAGGUGACCAUGGGCUCCCAGUGCCACAUCACCAAGACCAUGCAGGACACACUGAACCCCAAGUGGAAUUCCAACUGCCAGUUCUUCAUCAGAGACCUGGAGCAGGAGGUGCUGUGCAUCACUGUGUUCGAGAGGGACCAGUUCUCUCCAGAUGAUUUUCUGGGCCGGACGGAGAUCCGCGUGGCCGACAUCAAGAAGGACCAGGGUUCCAAGGGCCCGGUGACCAAGUGUCUCCUGCUGCACGAAGUCCCCACGGGAGAGAUCGUGGUCCGCUUGGACCUUCAGCUGUUCGACGAGCCGUAGGGAGCGG